GUUUUUGAUAAGUGCUUGCCCCAGGCAACAGUGAUUCACUGCCUUCUUCCAUCCUGCUCUUUUUUCCCUCCUCCCACUAGGUUCUCUUCUUCUUCCUUCCUCAACCGCAUUUGCAUUCCUCAACAUCUCUCAUCCGCAUAAGAAGGCACAGGAUCCUUGCGCUUGGCUUUGAGAGAUAUCUCUGAGAGAAGGCUCUGUUUUCUUUCUCCUCUUUUCAACUCUGAGUGCCCUCGUGCUGGGAAACAACUUGCUGUUGUCUUUGCUGGUCGACACUUCCGUUGGUAGUCAGACAAUACUCAAUCCUCAAGACUCGAGUUGACGAUCUACUUCCAUCAUGUCGGACUGGAACAACGAUCAGGGUGGUUCGGCCCAUCCGAACACAUUUGAGCAAGAGAACUGGACCAACAGUGGCCAAGCUGAAAACACAUCCGCCGACAACGCCGGCUUCGGUAACGAUGAUUUUGACAAUGGCGAUGGCUUUGUAGGCGAACAGCCCACGGGUAAUGAGAAGUGUUUCGGCUGUGGCGAGACUGGUCACCGCCGUGCCGAGUGUCCCAACCCUCAGGAGAUGACCUGCCGCUUCUGUAAGCAGCCCGGUCAUAUGAUCAAGGAGUGUCCCGAUAAGCCUCCCAUGAUCUGCGAAAACUGUGGUGAUGAAGGCCACAUGCGCAAGAAUUGCGAAAAGCCUCGCAAGAUUAACCGCGACCACGUCGCUGAUGUCAGCGCCGAUGACGCCUGGAACAAAAUCAAACAGGCCGCCAUUGAGCGAGACGUCGACGACGCCAAGGAGGCUGUUGAGGAGUACAUCAAGGCAGUGGAUGGCGACAUUACCUAUCGCCAGCUCCAGGAAGCUUUGAUCGACCAAGGCAUUGGUCUCUGGCUCAUUCCUACUGAGCGAUCUCUCAUCCAAGUUUUCACCAACAUGGAUCUCCAGGGCCAUAUCGACAAGAAAUACACCAUUUCUUAUCGCUUUGUCGAGCAGGCAGAUCGUCCUCGCGAGCUUGAAGGAUGGCCCAAGAGCCGCGAUGAGCUUCUCUCUCGUCUGGACGACGCUGGCGAAGUCGUGGAUCGAGGUGUUCCUCUUUGCCUGAACUGCAAGGAGCUUGGACAUAUCUCCAAGUUUUGUACUCAGGAGAAGACGGAACGCAGUGAUGCGGUCAAGAUCUCCUGCUUCAACUGCGGUGCGGAUGGCCAUCGGGUCAGAGACUGUCCUGAGCCACGUGUGGACAAGAAUGCUUGCAAGAAUUGCGGUAAAUCUGGUCACCGGGCCGCUGACUGUGAGGAGCCCCCUAACCCUGCCAAUGUCGAAUGCCGCAAGUGCAACGAGAGUGAGUUUAUCUGAUACGUUUGCACUGGGAUUAUUCUAACUGUUGUAGUGGGUCACUUUGCCAAAGAUUGUCCUCAAGGCGGUGGCAGCCGCGCUUGCCGCAACUGUGGUCAGGAGGGCCAUAUCUCGAAAGACUGUGACCAGCCUCGAGACAUGUCCACUGUGACUUGCCGCAACUGUGAGAAGCAAGGACACUUCAGCAGGGAGUGUCCUGAGCCGAAGGAUUGGAGCAAGGUUCAAUGCUCCAACUGUCAGGAGUACGGCCACACCAAAAUUCGAUGCAAGGUCCCUCCUGUCGAUGAGGCUGACGGCUUCGGCGUUGCUGGUGACGGUGACGGGGACGGUGGAUGGUCCAACGCUGAUGCCGUGGGAGGUGGUGAUGGCUACGGCAACCAGAACACUGGUGGCAACGACGGGUGGUAAACACCAUUUAUGGCAUGGACCUGUCCUGGAAGACAGUCUCUUCUGCGAUUUUAAUGCGUAUAGUUGGUGAACGGCAUUUAACGGACGAAACGAGGUAGUAAAAAAGGGGUGAUGUGGGAAGCGAUUUCGUCAGAGGUUGGCCGUUGGAAGUAAUUAAUCCAUGCACCCACGAAAAUGCCCAAUUAGGCGUGCGGUCGCAAUCGUUAAUACUAGUCACCUUGACCACGCAGCGAAGGUUUUCGUGACAUGCUUGAAAUGGUUAAGAUGUUGUGAGAUCGGGUAUCUUCAGAUCAUAGAGAUCCAUUUAGGCAUUGGGAUUGGGUCCAUUGGGAGAUAUUCCCAUAUGCUGGUAGCUAAUUUAUUUUCACAUUUUCUCGAGUGCAACA